GGAGGUGGAGCUUGGUGGAGGAGUCGGGGGACUUGUUCGUGGAGGAGUCGGGGGACUUGUUCGUGGAGGAGUCGGGGGACUUGUUCGUGGAUGAGGGACAGUGUCGGAGGUGCCCGGGAUUUAGUGAGGUUCGGGCCUACGGUUUUGAGAUUCGGUGGUGUGGAGGUGAAAUUGGGGUGUCGUCUUUCUUUCGGGAGGAUGGGAGCGAUGCAAGGCUUGUUUCUUCAGGAAGAGAGGGGUCUCCUGCUGUAGCUAGCAAGCCAAUUGUUGAUGAUCGGUUGGUCUACAAGCUAGUCAAGGUUGGCGACGAUGGAUCAGUGCUUCCAGCUACUGAAGACGAGGUCUUCCAGUCCUUGGUCAGUGGGUCGGGAAAUGUCCUCUCGUCCUUUAAUCCCGGUGGGCGUGAUCGUGGCGAAGACGAGGAAGAGGAUGGCGAAGACGACGAGGACGACGAGGAAACUGAGUACGAUACAGACGAAGAUGAGCCAGAUGAGAGGGCUCGAAAUAUUCCCUUGCAAGACCUUGCUGCUCAAAGGCAGAAGCUGAGAGCCCGGCUACAGGUGCUGGAUUCUAUGUUGUUACAAGUGGAUGCUGAGGAACAGCAGCGUCUGGCUGCGGAAAUUGAUGGAGCGGGAAAUGAUCUUGGUCACGAGGGCAACAUCUCUCCAUACUUAAGUGCAGGGGAUGGAAGUGGAGACAAGAGGCAUCGCCGACCUAAUCCUAAGUACUUUGGUUUUGAAGCUGGGGAAGAUGGUGCUUCGGGGCAACCAGCGCUGAGUUCGAGCAGUGGAGAGCCUACGCUAACUCCCACCAACGAAACUGCUGUUUCACCACGAGUGACUUCUGGAUGGAGAUCUAAUCGGAGCUCUAUGCAAUCGGCUAGCACACAUAGGGCUAGAAGUACAGUCACGCAGAAGCUCUUCGCGAGAACUGGUACCAAGGUUGUUUCGCCAGGGUCAUCAGUCUCAGGUAUAAGUCGUGCUCACGAGGAAGUCUCUCUGGAUAAUCUUUCUAUUCGUGAGCUUCACGAGGCAUUUCGCGCUACUUACGGACGCGACACUUCUGUGAAAGACAAGCACUGGCUGAAGCGUCAAAUUUCUGCUGGAUGGAUGAAACAGCGCGAUGCUGCUUUCAAGUCUCAGUUGCCAGUGCCUGGCAAGUUGAAAACUAGGUUGGAUCAAGACAACCAUGCUGAGCAACCCCUUCCUUCUCUCGGCCUCAUUAGUCUGAGAGGUAUCGAUAAUGAUGCUGCAAAUGAAGCGUUAUCAGAGGGGGCGGGGAACGGGGCUGAACGUGUUAAGCAUUCAGCUUGGAAUGGGCUUGAAAGCCAACGCUCUCGCCAUGGAAUGGCCACUCCAGCCAUUGUGUCUAUAGGUGGUAAACUUGAUGGCUACAAUACGGGAAGCUUGAGUAGUUCAGAUGCUGGUCAUGGUCGAAUAGCCAUCUACGGCGAGGUAGUAAACACCGGAGAGCCAAUUGGUGGAAAAAGGCUACGAAAACCUAAUCGUAAAUACAUUGAAGAUGAGGCCGAGGCAGCGUCUGGCGAUGUUCCAAACAACGACAACAGAUCAUUGUAUGGAGAGUUUGGAGUGAAUGGAAUGGAUUCAUUCGCUAAUUAUUCUUGGAGGACAGUAGAAACAGAUGGUCCAGCAGAUAUGAUGGGACGGCAUGGGACCCUCAGAGGUUCCACUUUGCGAAAUACUUCUAAUAAAAGUAUGUCCGCAUCUCAGCGGCCAAAACUAAUUGGUGGGAUUGCGAAGCGGAAGGUCGAAGGGAGAGCCGCAAAACUAGUCAAAAUGGCUCAUUCUGCCCGAGCUGCGCGGCAAGAUACAGAAAGAGCAGUUCGCAAGGAUGGCUUAUCUGAGUUGAAUGAAGAAGCGUCGGCUUUAUUGCCGGUCGUGCCAUUUGAUCCUUCUGCAGUCUUGCAACCCUUGCCUUUAGAUAGCAGGCCCGAAAAUGACCUGCCUAUUGCAACUGUUCCAACUGCUAAUGGUGGAACAAGGCGCAAGCAUCACAGACCAUGGACCUUGCGGGAAGUUAUGACGUUGGUUGAGGGUGUUGCACGAUGUGGUGGGGGAAAAUGGGCAGACAUCAAGAAGCUAGCCUUUUCGAAUGUUGGGUAUAGGACUGCGGUUGAUUUGAAGGAUAAGUGGCGAAAUCUUUUACGAGCCAGUCGGGCUCAGCUACAUCCAGCCAAGCAGGGCGAAAGAAAAAAACAAUUCACAGCAGCUAUCCCUGCUCCGAUACUAGCUCGUGUUCGUGAAUUGGCUGCGCUUCAGAAUCAGAUCUCUCCGACUACGGAAACUGGCAGCAGCACAAGCCGCAGUGGCCGGACUGUUCAUAGAAAGUAGCUGUAAUAUGCAUCUGCUUUGGUACUUCCUGAAUUUGAGUUAUUUCAAUUGUUGAGAGAAAUUGCUGAGUCUCUCUCAUCUGUUAGACCCACCACGACCAAGUGGAACUAGUGAUUCUCGACUUCACAGAUAGGUCUGACUGUCAGGUUCCAUAUGUUCUAUACUAGGCUAAGAUUCGUCUAGACAGCAACCGGGAUAUCAACACAGAAUGGUUGAGUGGUAUCAGAGCCAAGACCCUGUAAUAACUCCAUGGUUAGUCUUUUAUAAGAAUUUGUACUUGGACCGGGUACUUUAGAGGGAAAUAACUCAUUGGUUUCUGUAAAUUUGUAUUUGAGUUUAGCAUGGGUUCAAAUCCAAAUGGCCAUCAGAUUUUUGAUUGUGUGUA